AGUUCUAGGGAAGAGACAGAGACAGAGACAGAGAGAGAGAGAGGUUGAAGCAGGGAGAAGCAACAAUGGAGAUGGGUUUAAGAGAGGUUUAGGUCUACCUACUGGUGGUUAGGGAUUGAACACCCUAACAACAGCAACGCCACCGUCACCAACAACAACAACCACAGCAGCUGGAGGAGGCAGAGGAGGAGCAAAGAAAAAGCAACAGAGAAAGUUCUGAUUUUGGGAUGUGUUGUUGUGUUGUGUUCUUGGAGGAGAACAAUUUAAGAGGUUUUCAUGGAGAAAGCGAGAAAGGGGAUUGUCUCUCACGUGGGGUGAUGGAAUAAUGGAGAUAGAGAAUAUAUAUAAGAAUAAUUAAAAAGGAAAGAAAAGGAUGAACGUAUAAUUGUUGCUGUUGCUGUUGCUGUUGCUGCUGUGUUGUUUGUAGAUUAUUUUAAAAAGAAAGAAAAACCCUUUUUUAAAAAGUGUUUAUUUUUUAUUGUUGUAUUUGUUCAAUGAAAAAGGAUUGUUGUUUUGAAUCUCGGGAUUGGGUUGUCUCCAUUUCGGGAGAAUUGUUUCAGAGGAUUGGGUGUGCUUUCGAGCUUUUCUGCUCCCCACGAAAGACACAGCAGCCUCGGAUUUUCAGAAGCUAAGAGGAAUUUUUUUGGGUUACUCUGGGGCUGCUAAUAGCCAAAUACCUGAUCCCUGUUCUUCUCGGAUUCACAUAAUUCCUCGCCAAGGAGGCUGGUGAUGCUUUAUCUUUCGAGGAGGAAUAAACAUGGCAACUUAUUUCCCUGGUUCCAGCAACCAAAGAGAAGUCACACCAACCCUAUAUUCGAGGGAUCCCGUGCCUACUUCAUAUGCUGAGACGCCAGUUCCUCAUGGCAACAUCAUGAUGUAUUUGAACUACUCGUCUUCUGCUGGGUCUUACUCAGAUUCCCUGGCUGGAAAUUCUCAGCCUCAGCAGAACUGCGAGCUCCCAUCCGUGGGAACCUCAGAGUCCACUCCUGCACAGCAAGGAGUCCUCUCAAACCUCGUGGGUUCUCACCUUGGUGAACAACAACAGUUUGGUGUGUGGAGGGACGGCAGAAAUGAGAUGAUGUUUAUGCGGCCAGCUGGUGGCUCUGCUGGUCUGCAGUCGCUUGGUGGGCAGUUAAACAGCACAACGGAUGAUAUGGUCCAGGGAUCUGUUGCUGAGGAUCCCCAUAUAGGUUUGCAGACACUUGGGAUUCUACAUGGCGGACAGAAUUUACAGGGACAGGGGUUAUCCCUCAGCCUUAGUACACAGAUCCCGUCCACCAUUUCUGUACCUCCAUUCCAGUACCGGAAUUCUAACCCAGGUUUCUCUUCGCUCUUGAGUUCCCAUCUUUCGGUGUCCAGAGAUGGUGGCAGCGGGACCAGCUCAUGUAGGGAUGGCGAAAGCUCUCAAAGUAAACAGCCAAGGGAUGUUGAAUACUUGCAAUCUAGUUUUCUCGGAGGAAAUCGUGAUUCUAUCAGAGGGGAGGCAUUGAUUAACUUCCAAUGUUCAGUGGGACCCAAACUGAUGCAUUCUGAUCCAUCUCCCUAUGGCCUGACGGGUCUUGCAAGCACCAUUCCUAGCUCCAAAUACCUCAAAGCAGCGCAACAACUGCUUGAAGAAGUUGUCAAUGUUCGCAAGGCUUUGAAACAAUCGGAAUUUGAUAAACACCAAACUUUCCAUGGGUUUGGUUUAAAGGGUCCCAAAGAGACUGAAGUAGAAUCAAAUGAUGCCUCUCAAUUGCCAUCUACAUCUGGGAUCUCCUCAAAACCUCAAGAGUCAGGUACCAACAGUGUCGAGCACUCACCUGCUGAAAGACAGGAUAUGCAGAACAAGGUGACGAAGCUUUUGUCCAUGUUGGAUGAGGUUGAUAGAAGAUACAAGCAAUAUUAUCAUCAGAUGCAGAUUGUGGUGUCAUCUUUUGACGUGAUAGCAGGAUGUGGUGCAGCUAAACCUUAUACGGCACUGGCUCUACAUACUAUCUCCCAUCACUUUCGCUGUUUGCGUGAUGCAAUCAGUGGCCAGAUUCGAGUGACACAGAGGAGCCUUGGGGAGCAAGAUACUUCAGGAAACAGCAAGGGGGUUGCAAUAUCACGCCUACGUUACGUGGACCAGCAGCUCAGGCAGCAGAGGGCUCUUCAGCAGCUUGGUAUGAUGCAGCAACAUGCUUGGAGGCCACAGAGGGGGCUCCCUGAAAGCUCUGUUUCUAUUCUUCGUGCUUGGCUGUUUGAGCACUUCCUUCAUCCUUACCCGAAGGAUUCUGAUAAAAUCAUGCUAGCUCGGCAGACAGGCUUAACCAGAAGUCAGGUCUCAAAUUGGUUUAUAAAUGCACGGGUUCGGCUCUGGAAGCCCAUGGUUGAGGAGAUGUACAAAGAAGAGAUUGUAGACACUGAGAUGGAUUCAAAUUCUUCAUCUGAAAAUGCACCAAAAGCAGCAAGGGAUGAUAACAAGGCACCCGAGGAUAAGGGAGAAGAUAUUCAGCAAAAUGUGAAGUCUGCGGUGACUGAUAGAUGCCAGUCAGAACCAUUUCAUAACUCCAAAUCCAAUCUUGUCCCUGAUGUAGAAAUGGCUGGACCGGCAGUGGAAGCUCCCUUUCAGGAUGAUACCCAAAAAGGAGAUGAUAUUGAUUUCAAUGGGAUGAAACUAAGGGAGGAUCAAAGACCUAGUUUGGAUGAUUGUAGCCUUUUCCAGGAUGCUUUUGUUCAGUCUGACAGGAAUGGUGGUGGGAGGUUCAUGGCAGCUGCUGCUGCUGCAUACGAGAUGGCAGAGUUGGGAAGGUUUGGUAGAAGCAGUGGUGUGUCGCUCACUUUGGGGUUGCAGCACUGCGAUGGUAGUGGCUUACCCAUGUCUGGUGGCACCCCUCAUAAUUUCGUCACAUUGAGAAGUGAUGAAAUAUACAAUGCAGUAGCUACCUCCGGAGGCCCCGACACGGCUGAUUACGACUGUGUGGAUCCAGAGAACCAACGACAAAGAUUUGGUUCCUCACAUCUAUUCCAUGAUUUUGUAGCCUGAGGUGAUGCUAGAUUUGUAGAUCCAUGGUAGAAACAUGACCUCUUCUCAAGCAGGUGGAAGAAACAAUAAAAUUAGUAAUAAUAAUGUCAGGACGUAGGCUAUCUCUUUGGGUAUCAUUCAUCCUGCUUGCAAACUGUUAAAGAAUGAAACUUAGUACGAAUAGAAAUAUGGAUAUGACAAAACACAGGUGUGUAGUAUAGUGAGAGAUUGGUGGGGAGAUAGCAUAUUUGUAAAGAUAAGAUGCAUUUUUUUCCCUUUUUUGUGUAAUAUGUUGAAGAAAGAACUUUGUACAAUUAUUUUCAUAUGGAAUUGUAGAGAAUGGCUUCAUCUCA